AGCGGGAGCCCUGCCGCCCGGCGGGGUCCCAGAGCCCUAGUUCUGAGUUGCUGCCGCUUCAAGAGCUGAGAGGAGCAGGGAGGAUGGAACUGCAGGAUCCAAAGAUGAACGGAGCCCUCCCCGGGGGUGCUGUGGACCUCAAUUUCCCUGCCUGUUCUAGCUACAGGCAGGAGCACGAGGGCUUCCUGCCCAGCCAUAGUCCUUCUCCUGGGAGGAAGCCAGCCCAGUUCAUGGAUUUCGAGGGGAAGACAUCGUUUGGAAUGUCAGUGUUCAACCUCAGCAACGCCAUCAUGGGCAGCGGCAUCCUGGGGCUGGCCUAUGCCAUGGCCCACACAGGGGUCCUCUUCUUCCUGGCCCUGCUGCUCUGCAUCGCUCUUCUGUCUUCGUACUCCAUCCAUCUCCUGCUGACCUGUGCUGGUGUUGUAGGCAUCCGAGCCUACGAACAGCUGGGACAGAGGGCGCUGGGGCCUGCGGGGAAGGUAGUGGUGGCCGCGGUCAUCUGUCUGCACAAUGUUGGGGCCAUGUCCAGUUACCUGUUCAUCAUCAAAUCCGAACUCCCCCUGGUUAUCGGCACUUUCCUGGACAUGGACCCUGAGGGGGACUGGUUCUUGAAGGGAAACCUCCUCAUCAUCAUUGUCAGUGUGUUAAUCAUCCUGCCACUGGCCCUCAUGAGACACUUGGGCUACCUGGGGUAUACCAGUGGUCUCUCUCUGACCUGCAUGCUAUUUUUCCUCAUUUCGGUCAUCUAUAAGAAGUUCCAGCUUGGCUGUGCUAUAGGCCACAAUGAGACAGCAGUGGAGAGGAAGAGCCCCCCAAGCCUCAACACAAGCUGUGAGGCCCAGAUGUUCACAGCUGACUCACAGAUGUUCUACACAGUGCCCAUUAUGGCUUUUGCUUUUGUCUGCCACCCUGAGGUGCUGCCCAUCUACACAGAACUCUGCCGGCCCUCCAAGCGCAGAAUGCAGGCCGUGGCCAAUGUGUCCAUUGGGGCCAUGUUCUGCAUGUAUGCACUCACAGCGACCUUUGGCUACCUGACCUUCUACAGCAGCGUGGAGGCGGAGAUGCUGCACAUGUACAGCCAGCAGGAUCUGCUCAUCCUCUGUGUGCGCCUAGCCGUGCUGCUUGCGGUGACUCUCACUGUGCCAGUCGUGCUGUUCCCUAUCCGCCGGGCUCUGCAGCAGCUGCUCUUCCCAAGCAAGGCCUUCAGCUGGCCACGCCAUGUGGCCAUAGCCCUGAUCCUCCUUGUCUUGGUCAAUGUCCUCGUCAUCUGCGUGCCAACUAUCCGGGAUAUCUUUGGGGUUAUCGGGUCCACCUCAGCCCCCAGCCUCAUUUUCAUCCUUCCCAGCGUCUUCUACCUCCGCAUUGUACCCUCUGAGGUGGAGCCCCUCUACUCCUGGCCCAAGAUCCUGGCUCUGUGUUUUGGUAUCCUGGGGGUCCUCUUCAUGGCGAUCAGUCUAGGUUUCAUGUUUGCCAACUGGGCCACAGGCCAGAGCCAUGUAUCUGGACACUGACCAAGCCCUGCUCCGCCUGGGCCCCCGUGUGCAUAUGCCUGUGCACGUGGAGUAAGAUGGGGCUGCUCUCCCGGGUCCCUCCUGCCUGGGGUGUGGAGGUGGCUGGUUCCCAUCAACGUGGCUGUUUCCCAUCAACAUGGCUGUUGGAGGUAGGGGGCUACAGAGGCUGAAGAGUGGUCCUCUCCCUUCCUCCCCAGGGAAUGCUGAGCUUGGAUCAUGGCCCUAACCCCAACUCCAGCCCCACAGGAGGAGGGGGAGGCCAGGUCCUUGGGGAGCCCCUGCCCAGCCCAGUCUUUUCUGCCUCCUCCUGGCAGAAGCUGUUUGUCAGGAUCACCCUCGAGCUAAAGGGGAAGAAUAAAGAUGCUGAAUUGCAA